UUGGGAGUAGUACAUGUGACCGCCGCGGUCCGGAAUCCUGCCGAUCCUGAUCUGGUCUGGGAAGGGCUGUUCCUGGUGGAUACGGGGGCGGUCGAUUGUCUGGCGCCCAGAGCGCAUCUGGAAGCGAUUGGCCUCGCGCCUAAAGGCCAGCGGCUUUACAGUUUGGCCGACGGCAGCGAGAUUAGAAUGGAGUUCACGGUAGCCCAAGUUGAGUUCAUGGGUGAGAUCGUUGGAGCGACUAUAGUCCUUGGGGAGGAUGAUGCCGAGCCACUCCUUGGCGUAACUGCUCUCGAGUCCGUGGGAAUCGAGGUGGACCCCCGCAACCAGACUCUACGGAGACUGCCCGCGACGCGGCUCAAGGUUCUGCGCCCGAUGAGAUAA